AUGGAAACAUUAUCUUCAAUUCCUUUCCUGGUCCGCGACAUACGUUAUGGUGUACCAUCGGGAACGACCCCUCAAUUCGAAGAUAAACUCCGCAUGAGUUUCUUAGAUUCUUACUGCAAUAUGUACCUAAUUGAAACUGUUGAUGUCGUUGCUAAAAUGUAUGGGGUGACCAGAGAAGAGGCGGAUAACUAUGCUCUGAGAUCGCAAAAGAGAUGGAAAGAUGGUAAGUAA